ACGAUUAAGGAGAUAUAAUAUAAGAACAAAAAACUUCUUCUUGUCUCCCUAUGGCUGCUAAACAAGCCAUCAAAUAUUUUGUGGUUGAUGCGUUCACUGAUUCUCCUUUUAAGGGAAAUCCAGCAGCGGUUUGUAUAUUAGAGGAGGAAAAAGAAGAUGAAUGGAUGCAAGCUUUGGCAGCUGAGUUCAAUAUCUCAAUAACGUGCUAUUUGAUUCGCAUAAACCAGAAAGAACAAACCAAUGAUUCACUGAAGCCCUCCAAGUUUAGCCUCAGAUGGUUCUCUCCAAUCACUCAGAUUGAGAUGUGUGGUCAUGCCACACUAGCAGCAGCACAUGCACUCUUCUCAUAUGGUUUAGUAAAUUCAGACACUAUCGAGUUUUCAACGCUUUCGGGAAAUCUAACCACUAAAAGGGUUCCAGAGGUCAAGCCACUUCGAGUUCCAAACGUUCAUAAGGAUGAAGCACACGAAAGUUACCUUAUUGAAUUCGAAUUUCCAACUAUUCCGCCGAUUGAAGUCGAUUCUACUAAUGCUUCUAUAAUCUCCAAAGCAUUGAGUGUUGAUUCUAUGAUCGACAUAAAGAUGAUUGUCUCAAAGAAUUUCGAUAAUUUCUUGGUUGUUCUUCCUUCAGCAAAAGAUGUAAUAGAUUUUGAACCAAACUUUGAUGAGAUAAAGAAGUGUCCCGGAAGUGGGAUAAUCAUAACUGGAGCACCCUCUCCCUCGGCUGAGUCAAAAUUUGAUUUUUAUACACGUAUGUUCUGCCCAAAAUCUGGGAUCAAUGAGGAAGCUGUAUGUGGUAGGGCUCAUUGUGCUUUGGCAGUCUACUGGGCCAAAAAGUUGGGAAAAUCUGAUUUUGUGGCAUAUAUGGCAUCACCUAGAAGUGGAAUACUGAACGUCCAUCUAGACGAGCAGAAAGAGAGCGUUCUGCUGCGAGGGAAAGCUAUUACUAUCACAGAAGGCGUUGUUUUAGUUUAAAACUUUGGUGUUAGGCACCAUUGUUCUAUCUGUUCUUUCUACGAAGAACGUUAAACUCUAAAUAAAUAUUCUCUUGCACCAAUCUACUC